GCUGCGUGCGCAGGAGGUUGUCUUUACUCUCCGGGAGCAUGAGGGGGAAGAGGCGGCGGCGCUGGCGGAGGUUUGGUGAGGCGAGGACGGAGCGCGGCUGAGCCGGCGGAGGCUGCCGAGCGGGGAGAGGAGGUGCGGGCCGCGAGGGGGGAAAGGACUUUCCGUCCCCCCCCCUUUCUGCGUCGUCUACUGCUUCACAACAGCCUUGUGAGGAUUUUCUGACAUGUUGGCUGAGGAUGAAUUCCUGAGAUCGCCACCAAAGAAGACGGUCAGAUUCGGCGGUACUUUGGCAGAAAUCCUACUGAAAUAUCAACAGGGCAAGACCACUGAGUUUGAUCUGCUGAAGCAUCAGCUGUUGGAUCCAGACAUAAAAGAUGACCAGAUUAUUAACUGGCUCUCUGAAUUCCGGUCUUCUAUUACAUUUUUGACCAAGGAGUUUGAACAACUAAUUAUCAUCCUGUUGAAAGUGCCGUGGCUGAGACGAAGCCAGCCUGUAGUGGAGGAGUACCUAGCUUUCCUGAGUAACUUAGUGUCUGCUCAGACAAUCUAUCUUAGGCCAUGCCUGCAAAUGAUCGUCUCGCACUUCGUACCCCCCCGAAUAACCAUCCGGGAGAACGAUGUGGACAUCUCUGAUUCGGACGAUGAUGAAAAUGUUGUCGAGAGCUUCACCACCUGCCACAGAGCAUUGCAGACAAUUGUGAAAUAUGUCCCUUUGACACCACAAUUUCUCAUGCCAGUGCUGGCUGAAAAGUUUCCCUUUAUUAAUAAAUCAGAAAGAACAUUACAAUGUUAUCUCCAUAAUUUGCUACGAAUAAGCGUAUAUAUCCCAUCAUUAAGGCAUGACAUUUUGGAGCUGGUUGUUGAGAAGCUGCUAAAAAUUGAUGUAAGCGCCCCAAGAAAAGAUAUCGAAGCUGCCGAAGAAGAUGAAGAGGGAAACAGUGAGAAGGGACUCUUCAAUAUGGAUGAAGAUGGGGAGAACACGGAGAAGAGUGACAUGAUGGCUCACCCCAUUGCAGAACGCCUCGACAUCUUGAUGAUCGUGAUGUUUUCCUACAUUAAAGAUGUUUGCUAUGUUAAUGGGAAAAUUGAUGUUGGCAACACCAAAGAUUUAUACCGAGACCUUGUGGCUAUCUUUGAUAAGCUGAUUUUAACCACCCACGGAUCAUGUCACGUGCAAUUCAUCAUGUUCUACCUCUCUGGUUUCAGAUUGGUAAUCGCAGAGGCUUUUGUGGAACAUCUGUGGAAAAAGCUACAGAAUCCAAAUGUUCCUGCUGUGAUCCGACAAACCACCGGGAACUACAUUGGCAGCUUUUUGGCACGGGCCAAGUUUAUUCCCAUUGUGACAGUGAAAGCCUGCUUAGAUCUCCUGGUCAGCUGGCUGCACACUUACAUCGACAACCAGGGAACGGGGUCCCGAGCAUUUUGCGACGUUGCGCUCCACGGCCCGUUCUACGCAGCCUGCCAGGCUGUGUUCUACGUUGUCAUCUUUCGCCACAAGCAGCUCCUGGAUGGAAAUCUCAAGAAAGGUUUGGCCUACUUGCAAAGCUUAAACUUUGAGCGCAUUGUUCUGUGCCAUUUAAACCCCCUGAAGGUCUGCCUGCCAACCAUUGUGAGUCUUUUUGCUGCCCUGACCAGGAAGUACCAGGUGGCCUUCUGUGACACCAUCAUUGAGAGAAACCGGAGACAAAUAUUGCCAGUUGUCCGAAGCAGCUGUGGGGGAGAGUCCAUUGAGACGGCCACAAACCCCCUUGACAGUUUUUUCCCGUUCGAUCCUUACAUUCUUAAAAGAUCAAAGAACACAAUCAAUCCUUUAUAUCAGUUUUGGGAAGAGCAGAGCGCUGAGGACCUCAAGGAGACUGCAGAACCCGUCAAUGAGGGCAAAGGUGAAGAGGAAGACGAUUUCUUGAGGGGUGAAACUCCCCAAAAUGAUGGCAUGAUCAGCGUGACGCCAAGCUCCUUCAACGCUCUUGUUCACAGUUCAGAAACCAGUCUCGGAUCACCCCCAGUUGAACUGCAGCUCUGAUCUUUGGACAGCAACAGAUAGCAACGACAUUUAUAUAUAUAUGAGACCUUUGGCAGGAGAUGGGGGAACAAUUUCUAAAUUCUUCAUUUCUUGCAUUAAUUCAGCUAUCCAAACUGAACAUUUGCAUCCCGGAUAGGAUGAUACUUUUUGUACUUUAUUUACUACAAAAAGCUGCCAAGUAUCAGAACCAUUAGACAUUACUUUUUUUUUUUUCCUUUUGCGUUUCCCUAUUUUGGGACAGAUCCCCUCUGAUUUAACAGAACACUGUGAUCCACUGAUCCAGAGAAUGAUGGUGCUGCAUGUUGAUGCCUGUGGAUUAAAAAGGCAAAAAGAAAGCUACAUUUUCAAAGCAAACUUGCUAAUCAGAACCCAGAGAUCUGCUUCUUUGGGUUAAAAAAAGAGAGGCCUAUUUGAAUACAGCUUUUACAAGAUUUCUGCUUAAUCCGAGAAUAUGAUAAGAGUGUCAAAAGUUAUGCCAAAACAAUCUGAGAUGUUCAUAUUCAGGGGAGUUGUAUAAAAUAAGAUUUGGGGUUAUUCUGAUUUCUGUUAAAUUACGUGGCCUAUGUCAAAAGAAAAGGGACGCGGUGGCUCAGCAGCUAAGACACUAAACUUGUCAAUCGAAAGGUCGGCAGUUCAGCGGUUCGAAUCCCAAGCGCCGUGUAAUGGAUGAGCUCCUGUUACUUGCCCCAGCUUCUGCCAACCUAGCAGUUCGAAAGCACGUAAAAAAUGCAAGUAGAAAAAUAGGCACCACCUUUGGUGGAAAGGGAACAGCGUUCCGUGCACCUUUGGCGUUGAAUCAUGCCAGCCACAUGACCACAGAGACGUCUUCAGACAGCGCUGGCUCUUUGGCUUUGAAACGGAGAUGAGCACCGCCCCCUAGAUUCGGGAAUGACUUGCACAUAUGUGCAAGGGGAAUCUCUACUUUUUUAUGUCAAAAGAAUAAGAUAGCAUCUGCUUUAAGUAUAAAAAUACUGGCAUGACAACUGACUCUCCAUACCAUCAUCUAGUGCUCCGUGCUACUGAACACAAAGGAAGUUUGCCGGCUGAAGUGGUAUUUAGCCAGCCACAUGGCACCCAACUAAAACCUUGUUGUUAUCCCACAGCUGCUACCAGGAGUGAUAUGCCCUCUGCUUAUAGUAGAGCCAGCCCUAACUCUGUUGUUUACCCUACUGACUCUAUAUAAAAGUUUUAGCUUCAGUGGCGCAUGUGGUUUGUUGCACAACAGCCAAUGUGUGAAAAUCACAGGAUUUUGCCAAGAUUGAAACUUCCAUAGACAGCCUGUUCCACCAAAUUCCAGCAAUUUAGAUUUUAAACGUUGCCCUUUGGAGAGCUGUUUUCCAGCAUUGUGGAAGUAUCUCUCUCAAGCUGGGUAACCAGUGGUGAAAUUCAACUUUUUUUACUACCAGUUCUGUGGGCGUGGCUUGGUGGGUGUGGCAGGGGAAGGAUACUGCAAAAGCCCCAUUUCCUCCCCACUCCAGGAGAAGGAUACUGCAAAAUCUCCAUUCCCAUCCCACUCGGGGGCCAGCCAGAGGUGAUAUUUGCCAGUUCUCCGAACUACUCAAAAUUUCCGCUACCAGUUCUCCAGAACCUGCUGGAUUUCACCCCUGCGGGUAACAACGUAGUUUCCAAACGCUGGUUUGCAAGUCCCUGGAUGGGACAGAAGUAAAUUUGAGGCGGGGGGGGGGUCAUAAAUUGGGAGGGUGAAUGAGUUGCAGAUGCCAAGAGGAAUAUUUUUUAAGAUCUUACCUUUACUUUGCCUGGAUAAGCUGAUAAUACUGGACCAUCUUUCUACCCAAAGCUGGAAUUACUGUCUUCAGAUCUUGGUCCCAUUCUGCCUGGGCAGACCAAAACCAAAAUCUACAAUUUCUGCUACUUUUUUUUUUUUUUUUUUAAAUAACCCAAACCAAUGUGGAGCAACAAGCAAGAAUGGUCAUUUCAAAAAUGAAACCCACAUUUCAGGAAUUAUGCGAGCAAAUAAUCUUUUUUUCAUUAUUAAGGUUUUGUUAUAUUUCUAAUGAAAAUGUUUCAUUUGGCAAAGCUGAACGAUUCUGUCAUUAUUUAAUUCUACAGAUUAAAAGUUAUUUAUUAAAAGUGAA